AGAGGAGGAGCGCCCCAGGCCAAGACCAAUGAUGACACAGCUUGCCCCCCCAAAAAUCCCAGAGGGAGAACGAGUUGACUUUGAUGACAUCCAUAGGAAGCGCAUGGAAAAAGAUCUCUUAGAACUUCAGACAUUGAUUGACGUCCAUUUUGAACAGCGCAAAAAGGAGGAGGAGGGAAUUAAUUGGAUUAAAAGACAGAAUAGAACGGCGCAGAGCUGAACGUGCUGAGCAACAACGGUUUCGAACUGAAAAAGAGCGGGAGAGGCAAGCCAGAAUGGCGGAAGAAAAAAUGAGAAAAGAAGAGGAGGAGGCAAAAAAAACGUGCUGAUGAUGAUGCCAAGAAGAAAAAAGUACUUUCGAAUAUGGGUGCACAGUUUGGAGGUGGUUAUCUAAUGAAGGCAGAGCAAAAGAGAGGAAAGAGACAGACAGGGCGUGAGAUGAAGAGAAAGAUGCUGGCAGAAAGACACAAACCUUUGUGUAUUGAUCACAUGAAUGAAAAUCAGCUGAGGGAAAAAGCAAAGGAACUAACAGACUGGAUGUAUCAGCUGGAAUCAGAGAAAUUUGAUCUUAUGGAGAAAAUGAAAACUCAGCGAUAUGAGAUUAAUGUCCUCUACAAUCGCAUCAGCCAUGCACAGAAGUUCAAAAAAGGGGCAGGAAAAGGCCGUGUUGGUGGGCGCUGGAAAUAA